GCGGCCCUGGGGGAGGGGCGUGGGGACCGGGCCGGGCCAUGGCCAUGGGACGGGAGCGGAGCCCGCGGCCGCCCGAGGCCGAGUCGGAGUCGGAGCCGAAGCCGGAGCCGGAGUCGGAGCCGGAGCCGGAGCCGAAGCCGCAGGCGCCGAGGGAGCGGAGCGGCUGAGCAGCCCGCGAAGCCCCCGCCCGCCCGCGCCGUCCCCCCGCGUCCCCCCGGCCGGGCCGCGCUGGAGCCCGGCGGCUGCUGCUCGGUCCCGGGCGGCCCCCUCACGCCGCCCAAGAAGAUGAAGAAGCGCAAGGAGCUGAACGCGCUCAUCGGCCUGGGCCCCGGCGACGGGCGCGGCCGCAGCCGCCGCAGCCGCCGGGCCUGGAGGGGCGCCGCGGGCCACCGGCUGCUGCGCACCGAGCCGCCCGCCUCGGGCUCAGCGUCCAGCUCGGAGGACGAGGACGACGACGACGACGAAGACGACGAGGAGGAGGACGAGCGCGGCGGCGGCGGAGGGGGAGGCGCCCGCGCGCGCUUCGCCAGGGGAGACUAUUUUCGCUGCUGCAAGGUCUGCUACCCCCUGUGCGCGUUCGUGAUCCUGGCGGCGUGCGUGGUGGCGUGCGUGGGCCUGGUGUGGAUGCAGGUGGCCCUCAAGGAGGACCUGGACGGCCUCAAGGAUCAGUUCAGAAUCCUGGAAUCUAAUCAGAAAAGCUCAUUCCAAGAGAUCCCCAAACUAAAUGAAGACCUCCUCCGAAAACAAAAGCAGCUGGAGAAGAUUGAAUCUGGAGACCUGGGCUUGAGCAAAGUCUGGAUAAACAUCACAGAAAUGACCAAACAGAUUGCUUUGUUGACUUCCACAGUGAACCGCCUCAAAGCCAACAUCAAAUCAGCUUCAGAUUUGAUUAGCCUGCCUGCCACUGUCGAGGGCCUUCAGAAGAGUGUGGCCUCCAUCGGGAGCACCUUAAACAGCGUCCGUCUUGCUGUGGAAGCCGUGCAGAAAACAGUUGACGAACACAAGAGGACCAUUGAGGCCCUCCAGAGGGACACGGACCCUAUUUGGAGGGGCGUCCUGGGGGCCUCUGCCACCACCUCCACGCCUGGCCCUCAGAUCCAGCACCCCGAGAAACAGAGCAGCAAGGCUGCUCCAUCACCCUCCAUGGUCCCAGGCCUGGGCAGGAAAAGCCCAAGAGAGAAUUUCCAGCAGGACAUGCUGCACCUUCAGAGCUCUUUAGAAGAGGUCAACAGGACCCUCUUGGGGUACCAGAGAAAGAAUGACCUUAAGCUUCUGGGGAUGGAUGGGACAGUCAGGAAUCUGACCCAGAGAGUCAACUCGAUAGGAAGCAGCCUGGUGGUUCUGAGCAAGUUAGGAAAGAGAGAGAACCUGUCCUUCACUACGGUGGCUGCUGGAGCUGCUUCUCUGAACAGAGACUCUCAUAGGACAGUUGGGGAGCAAGCCCCAAUCCUGAAGAAAGAAGACAAUGAAGACACUCAGGCCUCCAAGCUGAAGGAGAAGCUCCAGCUGAUCAAUGCUCUCACAGGCAAGCCAGAGCCCAAACAGCCACGUGAGGAGGCCUCUGAGGACGAGAAAAAACAGAGUUCUGCGUCAAAGCCGUCUACAUUUCCAAAAUAUUCCCCACGAUCUCUUGGAAACCAGAUGGAGACAGCUGCCCAUCUGAGACCUGUCUCCAUCCCAGAAAUUUCCAGCCUGACAGCAGAUCUCCAGGAUUUGUUCCAGAAGACAGACCAGGGGCCCGAGGGGAAGCUGUCCUACCAGGAUCUCCAGGACCUGCUUGGCUCUGGUGUCCCAUCUGCCCAGAGCAUGGCAGAGUUUGACAUGGACGGAGAUGGGAGAUAUUCCUUCUUGGAGCUGACAUUGGCUUUAGGCAUUGAGCAUAUGGGGCAGAAUUAGAAAUUGGAAACCCAGCCCAGGCCUCCAGCUGGCCAUCACCUGACGAGUCACCCCUCCCUCAGCCCAGCAUUCCCCACAUCUUUGAAGCUGCAUAGCACCCCUCAUUUGGAGAAUCUAUAUAAUGGUUAUUUUUUUAAAGAGGAGAACCUUUCCUUUUGGUCGGAUGCUCAGCAGUAACUCUGUGCUUUCAGGGCACCCACAGGAAUGUUGCUCUUCAGACUCCUGCUGAUUCAGGGAGCCCUCCUUCCCCUCUGGUCCCUUUUGAAGAGCAAGACCAUGUGUUUAAACUGAAAAAUGUGUACAUAGAGAGAGAAAAACCCCUAUUUUCUAUUUUACAUAAAUUUGCCUUAAAUUAGCUGCACUUUAUAGAAACCCAGAAAAAUCUUGUCUUUUCUGUCCAAGAGAGGCCUUUUCCAAGCAUUUGUUAGUAGUUGGCAUGGAACAGGGAAUUAUGUGCGCUGGAGGGAUGUGAGAAAACAGUUCAGAAUCAGCCAUGAAUGUCCAGACGCUUGCCCCAUGACGGAGGCAGGAGGGCUGCUGCUCACUGAGCAGUCAUCCCGCCCCCUUGCCCAGUCCUGACCAGAGUCAGAAAAGGGCCUGGGGGGCCCUUCCAACCUUGUUAGACACUCUUCAGGUUGUUGAGCUUAGCUAAAGUGUUUGCAGGAAAGGAUGGCGUGAAACCCUGGGAUCUACCCUUUGUGGCUUCUCCUCCUCUUCCUGAGAUAUUGCCUUCCCCUCCCAGCCCCGCCUGCCCCCUCCUCAGAGCCUCUCCUCCAGCUGAUGGGAGGCUCAUCCCCCACGUGUGGUCUUGGCCCAGUCACCUGGGCCACUCUGGGGGGACCAUGUCUUUGCUGCCAGCUGGUGUCAGGAGGGUUCUGCGGGCAACAAGGUC